CCCGCCAUAUCCUAGAACAAUGCGAUCCAGUCUAUCCUGCGAGCAUUGCCGAAAAGCAAAGGUCAAGUGCGUUCAUACCGGCAGUGCACCCUGCCAACGCUGCCAACGCCUCGGAACAUCGGGCUGCGAAAUCACAAGACCGAUUGUCAGAUCUGCCAAGAAAGCUGUGAGGAGAGCGCAGCAUGAAGCGAGUUUGACGCCGAGGGAUGAUGUAUCGGUUAUUUCGAGCACGGCUGGGUUUCAGCCUAUACCGAGUCCUGUCUCGUCACGACAGACAACUUCAUAUCAUGUCCCUGAUACUGUAGACGAGCAUCUCGCUCGCUUACCGAUUGGGAUCAUCCUCAAGGCUCUAAAUAUAUUUACUGCCAAGUUUCCUGAGCUGAGGAUACUGCAGGCAUCUGCUUUCAUCAAGGAGUAUCAAACUGCUCGGUCAAAGGAGAGCAAGGCGUUGUUAGCGACGAUACUUGCUAUUACGAGGAAGCAAUGCUCCAUCGUUACGGGAGAUUGGUUGAGGAGUUUGAAGAGUAGCGAGUGCUAUGCUUCGUAUGCUUGGAGUACACUGUCUGAUGCUAUUCUCCAACCGCCAAAGGUUCAAGUUGUUCAGGCGUUGCUGAUCUUGACGCUUUAUGAAUGGGGAGUGAGAGAGUAUCACAAAGCCUGGAUGCACUGCGGAAUUGCAAUUCGCAUCAUGCAGUCACUUCACAGCUCCCGAGUCAGCCCUCAUCCGCUCGACAUGUCUCAAAACAACGACACAGACGUCAUGGCCAUAGCUGUGGAAGCUCGAACAUACUGGGCGUGCUUCAUAAUGGACUGCACCAUCAACUCAGGAACAUACAACCCGCGCAUGCUCCCAAUGUCGGAAAUGCAUAAACUCAAAGUCCCUCGUCCACUGAACUACACCGACUUUGCCUUCGGGUUUGACGCAGCUUCGCUCGAUCAUAUUUGCACUGGUGAUCUAUCUGGACUGGCACAAAGUUUUGAGACGAUUGCGACUGGGUUCGACAUUUACGCUCAAGCAAUGUCGUUUGUCUUUAAUAAUGGGCGCUGUGCACCGGGGAUGUGUGCACCUGAGAAUUGUCCGUGGGUUCCUGGGUCUGCUUGGUCUCAGUGUCGGGACAGGCUUGAAGAAUGGAGGAAGAGUCAGCAUGAGAGAUUGUGUUAUCCGCAGCAUAGUGUUGUGGUGCAUAUGACGUUGGGACACGGGGAGUCGUUCAUUUACUUGAACAUGCUGUACUACUUGAGUACGAUCAUGCUUCACAGAGAGUACUUCCCCUUCUUACCAACCGCCGACUUGACACCUCGCGGUCCUAUUGACCCUCCCCUUCUCGAGGCCGAAGCACCACCGGGCUGGUGGGACGAAAGUGCAAGAGAGCUCUUCAACGCAGCUGAACAGAUCGCAUCUCUUCUCCAGGAGGCAUCCGAGUGCGGUAUUCCACUAAUGACGCCGUUCUCCGGUUUUUGUGCCUUCACCGCCUGCUUUCUCAACCUCUACGUAUUUCGAUUUCCCAGGAUGAAUCUCAAUCGAAGCUCAAAAGCAGAACAGCUUAUGAACUGGGGCUUAGAGUACCUAGAAGAAUUCCAGAAUGCCUGGGAACUAGCAGGAGGCUGGAUCAAAACGAUUCAAAACUCAUCACUCUUAUACAAAAGAGCAACCGAAGACGCAGGGCGCUACCGCGGAAGAUCAAGAGCCGAUUUCGAAACUCUGCACCAAUCGAUUCAUGAAUAUAGAAUCGUGGAUAGGUCUGAUCAGCAUUUACAGCAGAUCAGCCAUGCAGAUCGAAACUCAGCAAGGCGUGAGGAAGAAGCUGUGGCGAGUCAAGUUCAGGUGCCUGGUAAUAUGGGAGCGGCUGUUAAUGCUUCGGUGCCGGAUCCGUUUCCGAAUUGGUGGUCCAUGUUGCAGGAGGUGGAGUUUACGGAUGUUGGCAAUUUGUGGAAUGGGAUGCGUGAGCUAUGAUCCGGGGAAGGGUGAUAAGUUAGUUGAGAGUUGGAGAGACCGGUUUGGUAUGGAGGUCGUGUAGUGAAGGUUACGACUUUCCUUUCUCAAGAGAUGUCCGGGGUAGGGGUUCUGGUUGUCCCGCAUGGAGUUAUAUGACCCUUGGAGUCACUUAUAGGCGAGACCGGCUUACACCGAAAUAGGGGGAUCUAUCAUUAAGCAUAGUUUUAUGUUAUCGUUCACCCGCACCUGGAGGCAUUGAUAGCGCCAGCUACGGCCAAGAUGCCAGCAGAUAUCAGCAUCUGUUGCAUAACCCUAGAGAAGCAUACAAGAUUCGGAAC